AUGACUUCGAAUAGUUCUUCGAAUGACAACUCUUGUCAAAACUGUAUAUCACUAAGAGCACUACUUGAACAAAAAGAAGCUAUCGUAACUAAAUAUCAAAAAAUAGUUCAGUCUCAAAAUGAACUUCUUCACGAUUUAACGCAGAAAAAUAAUUCGGGAGGAUCAUCCACCCAUAAGAAAAUUAAUUAUCACGGAUCUAGAAGAAUCACUUCUUCAUCUUGUAGUCCAAAUGGCGAUACUAUAAAAAAUAAACAUUAUGGAAAGCAAGCCUUCGUUGGAUCUGUUACGGAAGAUAUUGAUGAAGAAUCUUUAAGGAAAAGUCUUGAAGAAGCCUUUGGGGAAGUAGAAAAUAUUGAUAUUAUACCAACAAAAGCUGAAGAUGAAGAAUUGAAGAAAAUUUCGAGAUUAUCAGAGAGUAAUAUCGAAAUUCUUCAAGAAUUAGUGAAAUUUGAUUCAAAUAUUCAUAUAGCAUGGUUUAACACUUGGGACAAUAUGAGUUGUCUUUCGUCAUUUAGCGCCAAAAGAUGGUGUGAUGCCUUAUGGAAUGUUGCAAGGAAGAUUGGAAGAGAAGAUGAAGUACAGUGGGAUACCAGAGAUAAUUCUAUAUUAUCUGCUCGGCUUAAUGGCGUUUUUAAAUCAAAUUCAUCAUUACCUUUAGAAUUGAGAUUAAAUUUUGUCAAUGUAGAAUUGAACUUGAAAAAAGAAAGACGAGUAGCCCAACUGUUUGGUUGCGAAUGGUAUCAUGAAUUAGGAGAUUUAGCGAUUGAAGAAAUGCCAGAUUAUUUAAAUGUUAAAAUGGCACUUGCUGAAUCAUAUGAAUCUUGA